AUGCAGUGGCGCGGUGGCUCCUCCAUGGUUGUCAACUGCACCGUGUCUCCGGAAGCUUGUGCGGAGCAUGACGUUACUUCCUUUCCGGCGAUCCGACUCUAUCGACGCGGGCAGUCCUUGGUUCGGUACCGGGGUCCGCGUAAGGCAUCAUUCAUCACGUCGUUCCUCGGGCGCAUCCAGCGACCGGCUGUGACUCGCCUCACCAACGAGAAGCUCGACGCGUUUGCCUCAUCCGACUCGGUAGUCUUCAUCGCCCACUUGGGUCGCGAUGAUGGUAGCACCGCCUCGCGCCUCUCGUCGCUGGCUGACGCCUACCGGGACCGUUACUCGUUCGGUGUUGCACAGGGGAGCCUCUCGGAUCAAAGUACGCUGCAGUGUCACAACAACGAAGACGGGAUGCAGCAUCGACGGGUAGAUUUUGACCACCCGGGAGCGCUGGAGGCACUGCUCGCGACGUGCGCGGAGCCACUGAUCCCCGAGAUGAGCCGCCGCAACGAGCUCAAGUACACGCAGCACGCGGGCAGGAGCAUCGUGUACUACCUCAGCGACGACGCAAGCGAGCGGGAGGCAUACGUUGCGGCCAUGAGGCCCGUCGCCAAGCGGCUUCGUGAAUACCUCCAGUUCGUGACGGUGGACUCGGGUGAAUUUCCGGACAUGUCGCACGCGCUCGGCGUCGCGUCCGAGGGCGGGCUCGUCGUGGAGAACCUGCACACUGGCCAGGUGUAUCCGUUCCGGGGCCGGGAGCGAGAGUCUAGCGCAGAGGCCAAGGAGCGACAUCGAAUACCAGCGGCCGAGGCGGUGGAGGACUUCAUCAUGGCCAUUGCCCAGGGACAUAUUGAGCCGUGGAAUGGGCGAUAUGGUGACGGCGACUCGAUGAGGCGUGACGGUGGUGAUGACGCCUCGAGGCACGAUGAGCUGUGA